CGGCAGUCGAAUCGUUUUUAGAAACAAUUCGACUGCCGGCCAUUUAGUCAUUUGAGUUCUGUGACCGGCUGCCGGUCAUUUAGACACUUCGUUAAAUUUAACACACCUAGCGAGGUGGUUUUACUAAACAAAACUUAAACAAAUGGCGGGUUUGUUGUCCAAUUUUUUCGCACAGCAAAGAAAAGCUUGUAGACAUGAGCGUAAAAGCUCUUCCAUCGAGGAAUACACUGAAAUACCAAAACGUGCCGCGACUGACACGGGACCUGGUUUAGUAAAUAGAGGCUUUUGACUAUCACGUGAUGGCAGCCAUGACAUGACAUGGCUGGUCUAAUCUGGUCAGUACAUGAGAAAGUUACUGCGUCCUGUCAUGGCUGCGGCCGUCAUAUACAGGAUUUUCAAUACCAGCUUGAGUAAGCGGCAAAGCGUUACAAAUAGGCGGAAGCGAGCGAAUCUUUCCGCGUUUUUCCUAAAUUUUGGGCAUUUUAAUGAAAAUAGGCGGCGAGUUCACGUAAAAUAUCCGGCGAGAUUCGCCGGUUGCCGGCUUCUAUUGAAAACUCUACAUCAUGGAGGUUUAUUCCUGCGUCCUAGCAGGCCUCCUAUAGGCGUAGUGUACUAAUAUACUGUCAAUCCUGAAUCCUAGGCCUAGUAUAUUAUAUCUCCAAAACUAUAUAGGAGUCAAAUUGUAACUAGAACGAAGGUAUAUACAUUAUUGCGCACAUAUUUCUGUAGAGAAUUAGUUAUACAUUGACCGACAGCUCACCAGAUUUGGUCGGCGGCAGACUCGUACCCAGUCGCUUCUCUUCUCUUAUUGAUCUCACGCUGUGGUUGAUGGGAAAGAGUGAGUUCGCGAUGGGAAGGAAGAAAGAGAAAAGCGCCUUUAAAAAGGGUUAGACUGGGUACGAGUCUCAGAGUAGCAUUUAAAAAUAUAAUAUACAUCCCAGUUUCCCGUUUUCAUGGUGUCUCGCACUGACAACAGUGACGCAGGGACUAAUGUUAAAGAAAGAUGGCGGAAACUCAAAGAAAAGAAGUUAUUAUUAAAAUGAAGUAAACAUUUUAUCGACAGCUAAACUAGAAGACAUUUUCAAACCAAAACUUAAAAAAGAAAAGCAAAUUAAAAACAAAUUAAAAUAUGGGUUUCCUGUGACAUGUAAGGUCAAAGGAAACUGGGCUCUACAAAGAAUUUGGCGGGAAACUUGACACGUGAUAUCGAAUUCAAGAUGGCGGAUGUAGAAGACAUGGAAACAGAGACAAUGAUUCCCGAAAAGAAGAGUAAAAUAUCUUCCAAAUCUUCUGAUAUGGAGGUGGAUUCUGAUAAGGCUAAGGAUAAUACCGCCGGACCUAUUCGAAAGAAGCCUUCAAAAGGUUUUGAAUUACCUUGGGUAGAGAGGUAUCGCCCCACCAAAAUGAAUGAAAUCGUUGGGAAUGAAGAAACUGUCAGCAGAUUGCAGGUUUUUGCCCAGCAAGGAAAUGUACCUAACAUUAUCAUUGCUGGUCCGCCUGGCUCGGGCAAAACAACAAGUAUAUUAUGUUUAGCAAGAGCUUUGCUUGGCACUUCAUUUAAAGAUGCUGUACUGGAACUUAAUGCCUCUAAUGACAGGGGUAUUGAUGUAGUAAGAAACAAGAUCAAAAUGUUUGCACAACAAAAAGUUACUCUACCUAAAGGAAGACACAAGAUCAUUAUCCUUGAUGAAGCAGACAGUAUGACUGAUGGAGCUCAACAAGCACUUAGAAGAACAAUGGAGAUUUACUCCAAGACUACAAGAUUUGCCCUGGCUUGUAAUACCUCAGAAAAAAUCAUAGAGGCCAUUCAAUCUAGGUGUGCUAUAUUACGUUAUACCAAGCUAACAGACAGUCAGGUGCUAACCAGAUUACUAGAAAUAUGUGACAAAGAAGAGGUUCCUAAAACAGAUGAUGGACUAGAGGCAAUCAUAUUCACAGCUCAGGGUGACAUGAGACAGGCUAUCAACAAUCUACAGUCAACAUUCUAUGGUUUUGGUGUAAUAAACAGUGAUAAUGUAUUCAAGGUCUGUGAUGAGCCUCACCCUCUCCUCAUCAAAGAAAUGUUAAAGUCUUGUUCGAAUGGCGACAUAGACGAGGCCUACAAGACGUUGUCUCAUCUCUGGAACAUGGGCUACUCACCCCAAGAUAUCAUAGCCAACAUCUUCCGUGUCUGCAAGACCAUGCAGUUGGCUGAGUACGUAAAACUGGAGUUUAUAAAGGAAAUUGGAUACACGCACAUGCGUAUUGUCGAAGGUGUGGACUCGCUGUUGCAGAUGUCAGGACUGCUUGCUCGACUGUGUAAAAAGGUAGACGCUUAACACUUCUACGGAUAACAGACAAAGACAUAAAAGACAUAACACUCCAGAGGGCACUCGGGGAUGAGGUAAAAUAUACUGUUGCUUACUCGGUCAUAGGCUUGAAAUGCUCGAUACUGGGUCAAACGAAAAAAUCUCAGUUGCAUGGCACUUUUACAAUAAACAGAAUGGAAAGCAGGAGAGGACAUUUUUUAAUGCAACAUGGAUAGGGAGGGGAAGUGGGGUGGGGGCAGAUUUCGUGUAUGGGUUACAAAGCCAAUAGUCCCCUUCACAGUUCCCUGCGCCAUCUUGAAAGGUAGCCGUUCU